AUGGAUACAGAAACUAUUAAUAUAAUUGGCUCAGAAUUUGCAUCUCAAGAAAUAGUGGGUUGUAAGGAUGCUACUUCCCACACUGUUGAUAAUACUCCUGUGUCGAAUAUUCCCUCUGGCAUUUGUACAAGUCCAUCAUCAAGAACAACCAACAACCUUAAUUCACCACCUACAAGUGUCAAACGUAAACUUGGAGAUGUUUACGAUCUUGAUGAUGACAUUUAUGAAUCAACAACGAAACCUAAUGCACCCUGUAUUGGAGAUGGAAAAGUUGGUGGAACAACUAAAUUGUUGAUUCCUAAAGUUGAAAAGUGA